AAAUUUUCGGAAUAAAAAGGAAAAAAAAAAGGCAAAAUCCUAGUGGUAGUGGGAAACCCACCGGUUCAGCUUGUAUAUAUAUGUCGGUUUCCGAAUUUCAGUUCAAAAAAUUUCAGUUACACCGCACCGUCAGUUCAGUCUCCGGUCUCCGGUCUCUGGUCUCCACCCUUUCGAGACUCUAAACAAUAUCAAAAUCAUCCCCAAGAUAUGCAGAAUCCCUGUGUCUCUGAACUCCUCCUUUCUUCCUUCACUCUAAUAGGUUUGUUUAUUCCAGUUUUGGGUGAUGGAGGAUUCUGUUCUGCUCCUUCCAUAUUGGACCAAACUGAUGCUUCCUCCAAACCUUUGUAUUGGAAAGCUACUAACCCAACUCUCUCUCCUUCUCAUCUCCAAGACUUGCCCGGUUUCACUCGUAGUGUUUACAAAAGGGACCAUGCCUUGAUAUCACCAGAAAGUCAUGUUUUCAGUCCUUUGCCUGAUUGGACAAAUACAUUGGGAGCAUAUUUAAUCUCACCUGCUAUGGGUUCGCAUUUUGUGAUGUAUCUAGCAAAAAUGCAAGAAAACUCAAGGUCAGGGCUUCCCCCUGAUGAUGUGGAGAGGUUUGUAUUUGUGAUUCAGGGCAUUGUCACUCUCACCAAUUCAUCUGGCAUCAGCGACAAAUUGAUGGUGGAUUCAUAUGCUUAUCUACCUCCUAAUUUUGAACAUUCUCUGAAGUGCGAUGGCUCCGCUACUCUUGCAGUAUUUGAACGAAGACAUGCCUAUCUGGGCAAUCAUAUUACUGAGCUGAUCGUUGGUUCGACAGAUGAGCAGCCACUUAUUGAAACUCCUGGUGAGGUGUUUGAACUCAGGAAGCUUCUUCCAGCAUCAAUGCCUUAUGACUUUAAUAUCCAUAUUAUGGAUUUUCAACCAGGAGAAUUCCUUAAUGUGAAGGAGGUCCAUUACAAUCAACAUGGUUUGUUGCUUUUAGAGGGACAGGGCAUUUAUCGCUUGGGUGAUAGCUGGUAUCCAGUUCAAGCAGGUGAUGCAAUUUGGAUGGCACCAUUUGUGCCACAAUGGUAUGGUGCUCUUGGCAAAACCCGGACACGUUAUUUGCUGUAUAAGGAUGUAAAUAGGAAUCCACUGUAGUCACGGACGGUCUGAUGUAUGCCUUGGUAGAACUUUGAUGAGAUGGAUCGAAAUAACAACCAACUCACUUGCAAUGAAUUAGAGUACGGAUUUCAUGGCCUGUAAACAUUAAACUAAAUAUAGCAUUUAUCCUUGUGUAUUUAUGCACCCAAAAUUAGAUAACCCAACUUCUGGAACAUAUUUGCUCGUGAAAUGGCCAUUUUGUUUUACCUUGUGUGCCAAAAUUGAAUUGACAAUUUGUGAAUUUAAAACAAAAAAAAAUAGUGAAAACAUGCAUCUGUU